UCAGAAGCGUACAUAUUCCAUUGUUCCCCAAAAUGUUGAAAAUUUCUGGUAUAUUAAUGGUCAGUAUAAUGGCAGUCCAAGUCGCAGUGGGAUCGCAUUCCGAUGAUUUGGCCCCACAUUGUAAUUCCACAUCAAGUUGUAAAGUCCAUGGGAUGUAUUGUCAGAAAGGGGUCUGCCAAUGUCGGCCCAACAUGGCUCCGGUGGUGGCCCAAUGGGAGCUCCGUUGUCGAGAUAUCGUGCAAAUAAAACGGAUUUCUACCAUUGAGGACCAUCCUUGGGUAAUUUCGAACGCGUCGUGCCUCUCCUCCGAGAAGACGGUGGCCAAGUCAUCCUGCCGCCACAGUCCCUGCUAUUCCGGGAUCUUGUUCGACCUUUUGCGCAGUGCGGACGAAGUCGGGAAGUUUCUGGACAAUUGCACAAUCACGGAGGUCACUUCGGUUGGACGGUUUAAAUCCGGAACUUGGACGAAAAACUCGAUCAUGGAUCACCUCGCUGGAAAUAAAACUGAUCUGGCACUCGCAAUUUUCAAUCAACCCACCUUGUCACCCGACGUAAAGGCGGCCGUCCAUUUCGAGUCAAUCGUGGUGGGAGACCACAGAUAAAAUAUUUCUUUGGGGAUCGGCUUCCCCAAAUCGUUUGAUAAAAAGCGCGCCGACGAGUUGGACGACAGAAUCACAGGGAUGACAGAUUCCGGCCGAGCAGGAGAGAUCUUUGAUAAAUAUUUCCUCAAGGAUGGACCCACUCUGUGGAAGAAGGAGAAACAGUUAACAGCCUUUAAGCCGAGACGGGUCGUUUUUUGGAUGUAGCUUAAAAAAAUGAAAACUUCUUGUCUUUACAUGCACUUUUCCUGCACAAAUAAAUAUGUAU